UAUUUGUAGAGGUGGGCAGCAUACAGGUAUGAAUAAAAACAGGUGACGCCGGCCGGUUUCAAACAUCCAAUAAUCUACUUCUUGCUGUGCGGUGCUCGUGUUUUCAGUUUACAACAUUUCUACUGCGUGAAUUAACCAUGGCAUCAUACAAACUUUCUUACUUCAACAUCACGGGGUUGGCAGAGCCCAUCCGCAUGUUGUUGAAAUACGGAAACAUCGACUUUGUUGAUGAUCGUGUUGAACGUGAUGAUUGGCCAAAUCGUAAACCAGAAAUGCCUUUCGGAAAGAUGCCAGUUCUCACCAUCAAUGGCAAACAAUACCAUCAAAGUCUUGCCCUGGCGCGCUACUGCGCCAAACUAGUAAAACUCGUAGGUAAAGAUCAACUAGAGGAUCUUGAGAUCGAAGGCAUGGUUGAAACCAUCAAUGAUUUAAGACAGCAUAUUUCCAUGUACAGCUAUGAGGCUGAUCCAGCUAUUAAGGAAUCACGAAAAGAUAAACUUUUCAAUGAGACCAUCCCCUACUUCCUGGAGCGACUUGAUAAAAUCGCAAAGGAAAAUGGCGGCCAUUUAGCGUGUAAUAAACUAACAUGGGCUGACAUUUACUUUACUUCUCUCUCGGAUCACAUGAUUGUUAUGACCAACCGAGAAGUGUUGGCAAAGUAUGCCAACUUGACGAAGGUGCGCGAUACUGUACUCGCCAUUCCACAAAUUAAGAAGUGGGUUGAAGUGCGUCCUAAACCCUAAAAAUCAGCCAUGGCUCCUACAUACAAAAUCAUCUACUUCAAUGUGACGGCAUUGGGCGAGUCGUGCCGCAUGUUGCUGAAGUACGCUAACAUCGACUUUGAAGAUGAGCGUAUCGAGACUGACGACUGGCCAAACCACAAAGCAAAGAUGCCUUUCGGACAAAUGCCGAUUUUGGUAAUCAACGGCAAGCAAUACCAUCAAAGUCUUGCUAUGGCACGUUAUUGCGCCAAGCAGGCUAAGCUUGUCGGCAAGGAUGAUCUGGAGGAUCUCGAAAUUGAGAGCAUCGUUGAAACCAUCAACGAUUUGAGGCUUAAAAUUGCUCUGUACAGCUACGAGAAGGAUGAAGCCAUCAAGGCAUCGCGCAAGGCUCCUCUCUUCGAGGAGACCAUCCCAUACUACUUGGAACGUAUCGAUAAGAUUGCCAAGGAAAACGGUGGACAUCUUGCCGUGAACAGGCUUACCUGGGCCGACAUCUAUCUGACUUCUAUAUUGGAUUACAUCAACUUCAUGAUUGAGGGUGACCUUUUGGAGAAAUACAGCAACUUGCAAAAGGUACGCGAUACUGUCCUCGCCAUUCCACAGAUCAAGAAGUGGAUUGAGGAGCGUCCCAAGGGAUGGUGCUAAACUACAGCUUCGAAUAAAUCAAAACGUUUGAAAAAACGCUAAACGUACUAUAUAUUUUUCAAUAAAUGCACUUCUACUUGUAA